AUGGGGUAUUUCAUGGUUGUGGUUGAUUAUCUGUCCAAGUGGGUGAAAGCGGUAGCACUCCCCAAUAAUGAAGGUAGAAGUGUCACCGUAUUCCUAAAAAAGCAUAUUUAUUCUCCAUUUGGCACUCCAUAUGCAAUAAUUAGUGAUGGUGGGUCACAUUUCUACAAUCGCUUGUUCAAGUGUCUAUUUGAGAAAUAUGGAUUAAAUCAUAAGGUGGAAACACCUUAUCACCUUCAGAAAAAUAGACAGGUCGAGGUCUCCAAUAGAGAGAUUAAGUCCAUUUUGGGAAAGAUUGUAAAUGCCAAUAGGACUGAUUGGUCAAGAAAGCUAGGCAAGUUAAAGUCUAGUUGGUAUAGGCUAUUCACUAUGGUGAGGGUUUUCACAUAUGGUGCUAUAGAAUUGAAGCGUGAUGGUGAAGCCCCAUUCGAAGUGAAUGGGCAAAGGGUGAAGCAGUCUAAAGAGGAUGGAAAUGAUGAUGAUGAAGAUAAUGAAGGAGGAAGUGAGGAUGUAAAAAAGGGUGAAUCCAGCUCGGAAGAAGAAAAUGAUAAGAUUGAGAGUGAGGAGAGUGCUACAUCCAUUGAUAUCCAUCCACCUCAGACUCCACUUUCUAUUGAGCCGGCUCAGAUCAUGGCUUGA